GUAAACUUUGUUGUGGGAUACUAUGACCUUGUCAACAAUAAUACUGAAAUGUAUAUGAAAGACGUGACUUCGUUAUAUAAUAAAUUUAUUUCUAGGGAUGCCCCUCAGGAGCUUAACUUAACUUCAAAAACUCUAAAUCACACUACUAGUGGCUACCAAUACUUACCUCAAGACACCCACAAAAUAACAACAUCUCUGUUUUCAGAAAUCUUUCGACCAGCUUACGAUGAAAUAAUUACCCUCUUGACACAAAACUUUUUUAAGGACUUCAUUGCAACCCCAACCGUCGUUAACUUACUCAAUCAAAGAGGAAAACAUAAAUCUGUAGUGGAGUAUUUUGAAACUAAAAAGCGACCACAAUCCAGUAUACCUCAAGAAUCUGCGUCUUCAAGUCCUGGCUUGGGUAAUACGACAACGUUUUUUAUCAAGCAAUAAACUUGUGAGAGAACA